AUGUAAAAUGAGAUAGAUUAAAUACACAGUCCCUUACUAAAAAAUGAUAGAGAAUCAGAACAGAGAGCGUAAAUGAUAGAGAUGCAAGUCUUUAGGAGUUUGAAUUAGAAUGAUUUAGAGAAACAUUAGAAAAAAGAUGAAAUAUUAGAAAUUGAAUCAAAUAAAUUAUAAUAGAUAUUGGAAGCAAAAAGUUAAUGGAAAACACUCCUAAAAGGAUGGAAGAAAGAUGGAAAUAAAUAAUAGUAAAAUGAUGAUAAUUAUUUUGGAUUUUAAUAUAAUAAAUUAUUAGAAAUCUUUGAUCUGAAUUAAAUAAUUAAAGAGGCUCAAAGCUCUUUAUAAAAACAUGAUCAAGAGAAGGACUUGAUAGAGAAAAGAUUGAAAAUUUAGAUUGAAAAAUUAAAUUAAUUGGGAGGUAUUUAUGGUCUACAGAACUUUUUGAAAACUUGUAUAAAGCAGGGUUUGGAUGAUACGAAUGAUUACGAUUUGAAAAUGAGAGAGAAAUAUUUUGGUAAGAAUGAGAAACCUCAAAUAGCAAUAAAAAGUGUACUACAAAUAAUAAUUGAAUAAUUUCAAAAGGAAAGGUUGUUUUAAUUAUUAUUGAUAAUAACAACUAUUAACUUAAUAAUCUAUUUCCAUGAGAAUGUGUAGAUUUACUCAUUGUACAUAAUAAUGCUAAUAAUAAUGGUAGUGUAUAAAGGAGUGAUAAAAUAACAGUAUAAUAAGGAGAUAGUGUAGCAUUAAAACGACAUCAAGGAGAGGAGUAAACAUUUAAUAAAGAGAUGUAAUGUAUUAAGAAAUGGAGAUGACUCAAUUUAGAUUCAUAAUAGUUAAUUGGUGGUUGGAGACAUAUUGAUUUUCAAGCAAGGAGAUUUCAUAUAAUGUGAUGGUAUAAUCACUAAGCUAUCAAAUUGCAAUGGAAUCGAAGUAUUGCAACCAUUCCCUAAUCUUUUUAACACUCACGAGGUUAAAAACGUAGAUGAAGUAAAAGAUUUACAAGUUAUGCAUGAUGAAUAGAUGCAGCCUAAUAUAUGUCUGAUUGAUAAUUUCAUUUUUGCUGGUUCUCAAAUAAUAAAGGGGUCUCUGGACAAUUGCUAGUGUGUAGUGUUGGUACAAGUAGUCCUUUUUGGAGGACACAAAAACAGAAAAAUAAAGAACAACUUAUUUGAAAUAGAAUUCUAUGUAUAAUCCUUUUGCUUUUAAAAUUGA